UAAGAGUAUGAUCCUUCAAAUCUAAUUAGGCCCAGCUCUGCCGGGAUGGCAACUCGCCGUACGGAUGUAUAUUUAUUGACUCCCCCGCUCCCCCCCGAGCACGAACCAGGCAGGCGGAUCUCUUCUCAAGUCGAGUGUUUCCGUCCAAAAUGCCUCUUCCUAGCAUUGCGGCUGUUACGGCCUUGCUGCUGUCCCUUUUCUUCAGGGCGGCAGCAGCCCAGGACUCCUGUUCCUCCCAGAGCAGGCCCAAUCCCAUAUCGGAGCAGUACCCGGACGCGCCGACCGGGACCUUGAAUACCACCCUGUUGGUCAUACCGAUUCCAUACGAGACCGCGAGGCAAAUGGUGCCCGCCCAAUGGGGCAUCCUCAAGCACGCGUACCACGCGCUCCUCCCCGAUUUUCCCAGAAACAUGUAUCCCGUGGUUCUGCAAGCCGGGUUGGAUCACGAUAUCCAGCUCCUCUCGCUGGGAAUCCAGGUUCCGGAUUUCACGAAAAUCAAUUGGUUGUUUCCGUUCAUCGACCUCCUCGGUGAUGGGUACAGCUCCUUCGCAUGGUCGGCAACGAUGCUGAUCCAGGCGGACAAGGAAUUCGCCAUCGACGGCUCGAGGAUGUACGGCACGCCCACCUAUCCCGCAACAUUCGACCCGCCCUGCGACGCCUACGGCUCGCGACCCGACGGCUCAAGCUACUUCCACGUCCAGACCAACGACACCUCCGGCAUAUACGCCAACCUGGACAUGAGACUGGUGAGAGGAGGCUGCGAUGCCCGCCAUUACCCGCUGGGGUUGUUCAAGAACGUGACGAACCAGCCGAUUUUCGGGAACGGCACCGUGUGCGACAAGCAGAUCCGGCUGUUCAACUCGUCUCUCUCCGCGCCGCCUUAUGCGCCCAGGGCUGUCCGGGCGAGGGUGUCGACCAAUAUGCCGCCGUUGACGCUGGAUGGGCUGGGAGAUGUCUUUGGAUGGCAGGUUGACACGGCGUUUAUCGAGUUCAAUGAGGUGGACUGUCUGAGCUUGAAAGGGUAUUCGGGCAUUUAGCUGAGAUUAAGGUUAAGGCAUGAAAAGCAUUAGGA